UUAACCAAAACCCCAAAUAAUUGCCCGUCCUCCUUCCUUCCUAAGGAAAGUCCAAAACGAUGGCCGUUGUCGCUUUCCAUACGUGUAUGUUCAGGAGAAACAGAGGAAACCCACAUGCACGAAUUCCUCCUCUCCUCGCCCCGUCGUCGUCGUCGUCGUCGUUCCCUCCGCUCCGGCGCUCGCCCAGAUGAGCCAUGAUCAUGUCCGGCCGCAUGGAGCGCGGUAGCGACGGGACCCGAAGCGAGAGCGGCGAAUGCGGGUGCAGAGGCGGGAGGAGGAGGAGGCCCCGUCAGCUCGUCUCGACGUCGUUGAUCUUCUUCUGGGUCUGGUGCUCCGUCUUCUUUUCCCACGCCGAACCCGGGCUUAGCCGGGGGACUAAAGGUGUUUGCAAGAACAGUAAGCUUUACGGAAGUGCAUAUUUCAUCGGCACUGGUAGCGCAAAUCAGUUUAAUUCAGAAUCCAGAAGGUGUACAGCUUGUGACAGGUUGAAUGUCCCUCAAGAACGCAGGGAUUUUGAGCAUCCGCUUCCCAAGAUCAAUGUAAAUGAAGAAGUCCUUUGGCACUUAUUAGGUUAUGCUGCUCCGGUAUGUAAAAUACAAUCAGAAGAAGGAAGAAAAGCACAUCAACCAGACCAGCCGAGUCCUUCUUAUCUCAAUCUUGAUGAUUUUCGAAACUCGAGAAGGCGAGAAAAGGAGUUGGGAAUACCCACUUGGCUUGCCAACAUUACACACCGGCUUGAACCGGAUGGAACCGAGUAUAACUACGCAUCUGCAUCAAAGGGAGCCAAGGUUCUUGCUCAUAACAAAGAAGCGAAAGGAGCAACCAACAUACUCGGAAAAGACCAUGACAAGUACUUGAGAAACCCUUGUUCUAUCAAAGAGAAGUUUGUUGUGAUUGAGCUUGCAGAGGAAACUCUGGUCGAUGCAGUCAAAAUCGCAAACUUUGAGCACUACUCUUCCAAUUUUAAGGAAUUCGAGUUGUCUGGAAGUUUGAGUUACCCUACUCAAACAUGGGCCCCACUGGGCAAGUUUGUCGCCAAAAACGUGAAGCAUAUUCAAACCUUCAAGCUGCCUGAGCCGAAAUGGUUGAGGUACUUGAAAUUGAAUUUGCUUAGUCAUUACGGAUCAGAGUUCUAUUGCACGCUAAGCGUUAUGGAGGUGAAUGGAAUCGAUGCAAUAGAGCGGAUGCUCGAAGAUCUCUUUGUGCCUUCUAAAGAAUCUAGUCAAGGUGAUCUUGCAAAGCCUAAUGUGACAGGAACAAGCCUGCCGAGACAUGAUUCAGUUCCUGUGGAACUUAAUAGCAGUGAUAGAAGUCAAAAUAUGGUUGAGACAGUCACAGUGGCAACCGAAGCUUUUGAUCAAGCACAAAAUGCAAAAGCUCACGAGGCAACUGAUCCUGACAUUACAAGAAAUGUUCCUGAUCCCAUUGAGGAAGUGAGGCAAAUGCUAAAUGGCAGAAUUCCUGGGGACACUGUUCUUAAAAUCCUGAUGCAGAAAGUUCACUCUCUUGAGCAGAACUUCUUGUUGUUGGAGGAGUAUGUCAAAGAAUUGAACCGACGGCAAGGGGACAUGUUCCCUGAACUCAAGAAACAGGUAUCUGCAAUGUUGGUCCUCGUGGAGAAAAGAAAAUUAGAGAUUCGAGAUCUCCUGGAGUGGAAGGAACUUAUGGAAAAAGGACAUAAGGAUCUUGUGUUAUGGAAGUCUGUUGUCUCGUCACAAGUGGAUGUGCUCAGUAAAGAAAACACCGUGCUGAGGACUAACUUGUGUAUGGACUGAUUAGAGCCAUCUGCUGUGACUGGUCCCCUUGACUUUUCACUUCUCCCUAGUAGUUGCAAAGACUGUCUCAUUUAAUAGUGCUAGAUCAUCUUGACUUUAUUAAGUCUAACCUUUUUUAGGUGUAUGCAUCCAGACCUUUUUUGAAGUUCUAUGUUGUUUACGUUACCAAACCGGAAUACAUGUCCCUCUUUUCAUCGACUUGAAAGACUGUUUAAGAUCCUGCUUUUGGUUGUGUUUGUACAUGUGCCCUGCGAAUUGAAAUAGUGUUUUGCUUUCCAUACUCUCCUUCCUCGCCUUCACCUUGAAUCUAACUUCCGCCGAAGUUUCUACCACUUCAUAUUCCCCUUCUGUGUCUUUUUUCUCUUCUUUCUCCCGACUUCCCUGUCUGCAUUACCCAACGUCGCCUUGAUACUGUGAUCAUGUUUUUUCAGAGUCUCCAAAAUACUACCCGUCAAAAUCCUCUCCUCACUUCAUUGAUCCUUUUGACUG